CUGCCCUGCAGCACCCGGAGGCGGGCCGAGCCGGGGAGGGGGCCCUGGUGGGCUGCGAGAGGAUGAAGCAGGCCCUGGUGGACGACACGGAGGAUGUGUCCCUGGACUUUGGCAACGAAGAGGAGCUGGCCUUCCGGAAAGCUAAGAUCAGAAGACACCACUUUGCUACAGUAAGAUGUGCCCUAGCGAUUCCCCGAUUCCCGGCUCUCAAGAGCGUUCCAGAUCACGGGCACCCCUUGGCCACCUUCUUCCACCUGUUCUUCCGAGUGAGUGCCAUCGUCACCUACCUGUGCUGCGACUGGUUCAGCAGGAGCUUCGUGGGCUGCUUCGUCACCGUGCUGCUGCUGCUGUCCUUCGACUUCUGGUCGGUGAAGAAUGUAACCGGGAGGCUCCUGGUGGGUCUUCGCUGGUGGAACCAGAUAGACGAAGAUGGAAAAAGCCACUGGGUUUUUGAAGCCAGGAAGGUCUCUCCAAAUAAUGUGGCCGCCACAGAAGCGGAAGCUCGAAUCUUCUGGCUCGGACUUAUUAUCUGCCCCAUGAUUUGGGUCGUGUUCUUUUUCAGCACCUUAUUUUCCCUGAAGCUAAAGUGGCUGGCCCUCGUGAUAGCUGGGAUUUCUCUCCAAGCCGCAAACCUCUAUGGCUACAUCCUUUGUAAGCUGGGAGGUGAGAGUGACAUCAGCAGGGUCACAGCCAGCUUUCUGUCCCAGACGGUGUUCCAGACGGCCUGCCCCAGUGACUUCCAGAAGCCGGGCCUUGAGGGGCUGGAGAUUCACCAGCGCUAGGCUCGUCUCUGAAAGUGGCAGUGGCUUCAGUGAGAGGUUCUGUCAUCGGACAAGUUUCCGCCAGAGAAGAAUUCCCCAGCCUGCCAGCUGGCGGCUUUUCAGGGGAAGCAGGCCUUGGGGGAGGUUUGAGGAAACAUUUUUAUUUUUUUUUAAACGGCAUGUUUGGUAGAACACCCUUUACACAUGUUCUAAAGGAGCGUACAAAUACUAGAGGAUGAAACUGAAAAAGUGGCUUCCACCAGGCCAGGCCGGUCCCUUCCUGUGACCCAUGUGUCCCCGGGGCCGCCUGCGUCCUUCUGUGUUCAGGAAGGCAGGGGGUUCUCUUCUUUUGGCUGAUGCAGGCUGCAGAACUCCUGGAUUCCUGGAAAACAGGGCGAUGUGUCAGCGCCUAGGCCGCCUUGUUCUCUGGGGCGGACUCUCCAGACAGCUUAAUUCCCCAAAGAAGUCCUGUUUCUACCGAGGAAUCCUCGAAGGUGCCCAGAUACCAGCUGCCUUCCUAUGGCCCAUUCUGUGAUCGGGAAUUCCGGGAGAGAUGUCAUUUACCCUGAACACUUGCUCAACAAAGCCCAGCCACAAACUGAGGGGUAAAAACUUCAACGACAGGUUCUGGCUGCGACAGCCAGGCAAGGGCCACCUUGGCGGCUGAGCAGGCCCACGUGUGAGUUUGUCUCAGCUCCUGGAGCUUUGGGUUUUCUUCCUUCUCUUUGUAUGGUUUCACUGAGAUGUAUUUCCUGUACCGUAAAACUCAUGCGGCUGUGCUUUCAGACUGACUUCGCUCACAACAUUGACAUACUGGAAGAUCCCCAGCUCCUGGUUGAGGGGGACACCCUCCAGGCCCUCCUACACCACUCCACCCUCCUCUCCCCACCCGAGGCUGUGCGGCUGUAGUCAUUUGUGCUCCUAGGUGGGACCCGUUCACAUCCCAGCCCACGUGGCUCAUUUAUUUCCCUUUCUGGCCUCGAAGGCAUCAGAACUUACAAGACUCAAUCACUUACUUUGAAUUAUGCUUCUGUAGGCUAAAGUGGCUGGCGAAUCUGGUGCAUCGGUCAGAAAAGACUGUCCGUUGUCACAACUCUUUCCUUAAAAAAACAAAGAAAUCCCAUUGAAAUCCCUGAAGAAAACCUAGUGCCAACAUGACCUUGGCACUUUCUGUGCCUGUGAGGAGGAACAAAGCCAAGAAUGUUGGGGGGCUCCAGGACCACCCCACAUUCCAAGGCAGCUCUGACUGUCCUAUGGAUCACUGGGGUAGUGGGUGGCAGUGCUGGUUCCAGGGCUCACAAAAUGGAGUCAGCAGCUCCCGAGUGGCUCCCGAACCUGCACUGCACGGAGCAAAAAAAGUAGAGACUACAAAAGGUCAAAGGUGAGAAGCGUGUCUCAGACACCUUCCUGGGAUUAUGGGCACACAGGCAGCGCACGCAGGCUCGUCCGCACUCAGGUGCUUGAGAGUGGUCGGGGACUCGGUGCUCGUGUAGGCCCUGCUGCCCCACAUACGACUGACCUGCCAGUCAGCACUGAGCACCUGCUGCCAGUGCGAGUGUGCAGCACUCGGGAGGGGUGAAACGCAGCUGGAGCUUUGGAUGUGGUACAAAGAGGAGUUCAGGAUCUAGUCUUGGGGGUGCCACGGAGCCUGGGGUCCCACAGACCGUUCUCCUCCUUGGAGCAGCUCUUGCCCCUUCCCCACUUCCACAAAGCACACAUCCCCCAAACUGCAACUUUGGCCUCUGUUCUAUACACCGCCUUGGGGACCCCUCCUCUACUCCUGGCCACUCUCCCAGGCCUGAAGACAAACCUAAGGCCUCCCCAGCCUGCAGACACAGCACCCCAGAGGGAACCCGCCACCCCCGACAGUGCCCCCCAAGUCACUCGGGGAUGUCGCAGACAGCAGGCCUCUGACCCCUCCUUCUGCAAGACCGUCAA